GUCUCGAGUGCAAGUGCAGAGCGUCUAGAGUGCAGUGCCUUGAAUAUACAAAUAUAUUUCGGAGAUUGGUGAAAAUUCGACUCGACAUUGAUUGAAUUCCCAAGCGAAUUUCGGCAGUACGAUGAAAUUGCCCUUAAGCGCAACCCUUGUCCUCCUCCUGGUGGCGGCCCACAGUGCGUAUGCGCAACACCAGGACUACACCACACCCGUGCCCAUACUGAAGCAGAUCGACAAGCACAACGACGACGGAUCUUACACCUACGGUUAUGAGGCAGCGGACAAGAGCUUCAAGAUCGAGACCAAGUACGCCAACGGCGAGGUCUACGGCAAGUACGGCUACGUGGACGACCAGGGCAAGGUGCGGGAGAUUGAGUACGGGGCGAGCAAGCGGGGCUUCGAGCCCGCCGGCAGUCACAUCAAUGUUCCGCCCCCGACCUUGACCAACAGCAAUCCGUAUCCGCUGGGCCCUAACGAGCUGGACGAUGGUCAGUACCGCGAGGAUCCGGCCGUCUACUACAAGGAUCAGAAGUUCAACAGGCCCCUAGCGCCGGCCAGUAAAUUCAGCCUCAAUGAUUUUGGACGUGGCCACCAGCAGCAGCCUCAGGCUUAUGCCCCUCAGCAGCCCCAGCAACCCUACUAUAGCCCUGCCCCCCCUCAGCAGCAGUACUACAAUCCCCCGGCCCCGCAGCCCCGCUUCUAUCAGCCGCAGAACAACUACUACAACCCCCAGCCGCACCAGCAACCCUAUGCAGGAUUGCCGCAGCAGCAUCAUCCGUCUCUGAGGAACCUCAACCUGUACACGGGAUCCUACAGCAUCGACUAUACGGGCAGGAAGUAGGUCUCCGGGGAGGAUCUGCUGUUGCAGGGAACGGGAGGAGAGACAGCGACUGAAGUGUCCGCGAGAAGAGGGGACAAUGUCAACUUUGUUACUGCCAAAUAAAUCAGUCAACUUCGCACACCCCACACACGUAAUCUAAAUAAUAAUUAUAUACUGUAUAUGUACCAUAUGUAUGUUCUUGUCUGUGUGGAAUAAAUCGAGUUUUGAGACCUGAAA